AUGGCGGACAAGACACCUCCCGGGGACAUUGCCACGGCUGAGAGAGGAUGCCCUGAUCAGCAUGGCCAAGAAACACUACACCGCGAAGGAGAGAAGAACAUCAACGCCUCAGUCACAAUCAAGUCCUCCAACCCAGGCAAUGACCACAACAAACCCUCCCCAAAGGCAAAAUGGCUUCAGGCGGUGAAAACAUUCCUAGCCGACCAAUGGAUCCUGCUAUGCAUAGGCUUUGUCAUCGCCCUCUCAUCCCAAGUCCAAGUACCCUCACCCCAGCAACACACCAAAUCCACAGUAAUCUCGUACCUCUGCGUCAGCAUCAUCUUCUUCUCAACCGGCUGCACGCUCGACACGAAAGUCCUGGUCCGCAACUACUCCCGCUGGAAGACCCACCUCUGGGUCCAGGGACAAUGUUUCCUCAUGUGCUCGGGCUUGAUGUUCGCUGUGGUCAGCGCGGCAGCCACUAAUAGGGACUUUAUGGAUCCCGGCUUACUCAUUGGCUUGGUCUUUGUCAGUACUGUGCCGACUACGAUUGCGAGUAAUGUGGUCAUGACGCGCCAAGCACAUGGCAAUACGGAGCUGACGGUGGUGCAAACGACUAUUGGCAAUUUCAUAGGCGUCUUCCUUGCGCCUGCGCUGGUGGCGAUGUAUGUCACGGUUCCGACGUGGUACAACGAGAUUCUCCCUGAUUCCACUGGUAACUUCACUGAGAUAUACCGACGAGUGCUGAAGCAGCUGGGCCUUUCCAUCUACGUUCCACUGGUGGCUGGACAGAUCGUGCGGUACUUCUUCCCCAAGGCUUGUGACAAAGUCUUUCGACAGUGGAAGUUCAACAAACUGGGUGGCCUAUGCAUGAUCGUGAUCGUGUGGUCUACAUACGAUCAAGCAUUUCGCUCUUCUGCAUUCGAUGGCAUACCGCCAAGCAACCUGGUGUUCCUGGUCUUCAUCCUGCUGGCGAUGUUCUUGGUCUAUUUUGCGGUCUCGUGCUUCGUGUCCAUGAUGUGGUUCUCACAGAAGGAUGUUGUGGCCAUUACCUAUUGCGUGACUGGCAAAGGACCUGCUGUAGGAGUUCCCCUGGCCACGUCCUUCUUCUCUGGCCUGAGUCUGGAGCUGUCGUCCAAGAUUCAGGUACCGAUCGUGGUCUACCAGGCUAUCAUGAUCGCAGGCGGUAGUAUUGCUAUUGUCGUGUUUCGUCGCUGGGUGGAAAGGGAUGAGGCUCGUCGUAGAGAUGUCGAGCAAGUGAAUGAAGAGGGCAGGCCAGAAUCGUGA